AAACGGAUGGUCGUGAGUGGUCCUCGCUUAUAAGCCCCUCGAUCGACCUCUCAUGAAGCCGGCAUACGCUGCGUGUUAUAUCUUAUGCUUCGAUGUUAGGUGUCGAAGCCGGCGAUGUGUCAUACGACUUGGCUUUACAUCGGCCAUUUGUGAAUGGUCCAGUGGGUGGGUCGCGGUGGUCGUGCUUUCCCUGCCAACUCAGGGUGUUCCUUCGAGGAGUCUCAGCGCUUCACGGAAAAAAUACGGUCCUGGAGGAAUCAAACUACGGUCCCUGCUGGAAAAAAAUACGGUCCUGGGUGGGUUCUGAGUGCCGUUUGGUGUCGUACAAGACACUGUUUUGGUUACCGAGGCCAUCAACUCUCGCAGCUUUCCUCGUUUCCUCCAACAAACCAACAUGUCCGAGCGAGCCUUCGAUAGCUAUCCUGGACUGUGUCAUGCUGUAUCUCCUGUCCGAGGCAUCGCCCCUCGAACUCCUUGAUGUUUCGUACGACAUGACCUCCGAACAACAAACUCUACCUGGUCCCGUCUGUGGCAGCGUCGACACCAACAACGAAUUCUCUGCAUUUCAAGCCACUGCUACUAGAUGCAUCGAAGGGGGUGACGGAGGGAACGGAUGCAGAAUAUAAACGCCUCAUGCAGCAGUGUCAGAGAUUCCUCGUGGGCAUGGGAUGGUUGCGAGGUGAUGAGUCGUUCUAUUCCAACCAACCCCAUCGUGAUGCGCCGACAUUCAUCAUCGCCUGGAUUAUGAAUGCGUAUCCCCC